UCGGUCGGCAGCCGCAGCCGCGCGGGUUCCUGAGUAGCGGCCUGCUGCGCGCGCCGGGCGGGCAGCGAGUCCGACGGCGCCUCCGAGGCCGAGCAGACGGAGGAGGAAGAAGAGGAGGAGCAGGCCUUGUGGCUGAAGGGCCGACGCCAGGCCGCGGAGGGGACCGCGCGGCGGACCCGGCAACAUGACGCAGUUCCUGCCGCCCAACCUCUUGGCGCUCUUUGCGCCCCGGGACCCCAUUCCGUACCUGCCGCCCCUGGAGAAACUGCCGCAUGAGAAACACCACAACCAGCCCUACUGCGGCAUCGCACCCUACAUCCGGGAGUUUGAGGACCCUCGAGAUGCCCCUCCUCCAACGCGUGCAGAGACCCGCGAGGAGCGCAUGGAGAGGAAGAGAAGGGAGAAGAUCGAACGGCGCCAGCAGGAAGUGGAGACGGAGCUGAAGAUGUGGGACCCUCACAAUGACCCUAAUGCUCAGGGCGAUGCCUUCAAGACCCUCUUUGUGGCAAGAGUGAACUAUGACACAACAGAAUCCAAGCUCCGGAGAGAGUUUGAGGUGUAUGGGCCCAUUAAAAGAAUACACAUGGUUUACAGUAAGCGGUCUGGAAAGCCCCGGGGCUACGCCUUCAUUGAGUACGAGCAUGAGCGGGACAUGCACUCCGCUUACAAGCAUGCAGACGGCAAGAAGAUUGAUGGCCGGAGGGUCCUUGUGGAUGUGGAGCGGGGCCGGACCGUGAAGGGCUGGAGGCCCCGGCGGCUAGGAGGGGGCCUCGGGGGCACCAGAAGAGGUGGGGCCGACGUGAACAUCCGGCACUCGGGCCGUGAUGAUACAUCCCGCUACGACGAAAGGCCCGGCCCCUCCCCGCUUCCCCACAGGGACCGGGACCGGGACCGUGAGCGGGAGCGCAGAGAGCGGAGCCGUGAGCGAGACAAGGAGCGGGAACGGCGGCGCUCCCGCUCGCGGGACCGGAGGAGACGCUCACGGAGCCGAGACAAGGAUGAGCGACGGCGCUCCCGGGAGCGGAGCAAGGACAAGGACCGGGACCGGAAGCGGCGCAGCAGUCGGAGCCGGGAGCGGGCAAGACGCGAGCGGGAGCGCAAGGAGGAGCUGCGUGGUGGCGGUGGUGGUGGCGGUGGUGGCGGAGGAGGUGGCGGUGGUGACAUGGCAGAGCCCUCAGAGGCAGGGGAUGCACCUCCUGAGGAUGGGCCUGCUGGAGAGCUUGGUCCCGACGGCCCCGAUGGCCCCGAGGAGAAGGGCCGGGAUCGUGACCGGGACCGGCGGCGGAGCCACCGGAGUGAGCGAGAGCGGCGCAGGGACCGGGACCGCGACCGGGACCGCGACCACAAACGGGGGGAACGGGGUGGGGAACGGGGUAGGGAUGAGGCCCGAGGUGGGGGUGGUGGCGGCCAGGACAACGGGCUGGAAGGUAUGGGCAGCGAUGGCCGAGACAUGUACAUGGAGCCCGAGGGUGGCGACGGGUACCUUGCUCCUGAGAAUGGCUACCUGAUGGAGUCCGCGCCCGAGUGAAGGAGGCCGUGCUGCCCAGCCGUUCCCCACCCUUCGCUGUGCUCCUCUCCCUGCCCUGGCCACCUCUUUGCUCUCCCAAGGAAAGAGUCUCUUUGUCCCCUGAAUUUAAAAAUAAAGUUAACUUCCUGUUGAUAGUGGG